AUGGCGGUUCUGGGACAGUGCCUCGCAGCACAAACAAAAUUAGAAGCAGCGACAGAGGCAGCAGCAGCUCUAAGCACCACAUCUCUGGACAACACCAUUGCCAGCGACAAAGCUGCACUGUCUUUAGAUACUGAGCGACAGCACAGCCACGAGGAGCACGAAGAGCGCAAGCGCGAAAGGCUGUUCCAAAAAGCACACUCGACACUGCAGACCGGAGCCUCUGUCCUCCGCACGCGGCGGCCAAUUGCCGGGCUCUUGCCGGAAUGGCUCCGGCGGCCGCUGUCGGCCAUCGAGCGGCUGCUCUCCGGCAAAGGCAAAGGCAAGGCCAGCGCAGAGGACAUCCCGGCGGGCGUGCGGCAGGCGCUGCAGCGCGUCUCCUCUCUGGCUGACACGGGCCACUCGGAGGCGCGGCUGUUGCGCGCAGAGACGCUGCUGUACGGCAAGUACGGCGUGGAGGCGGAUCCGGCGGCGGCGCUGGCGGACUACCGCGUGCUGGCCGACCAGGGCUUGGGCGAGGCGCACUACAUUGUGGGGUUCUUCCACGCCACGGGGCUGGGCGGCGCGCCGCAGCAGAACAGCCUGGCGCUGAUGCACACGACGGCCGCAGCCAUCCAGGGCCACCCGCAGGCGGCGAUGGCGCUCGCGUUCCGCCACGCCAAGGGCCUGGGCGUGCCGACGUCGUGCCGCGCGGCGCUGGACAACUACCGCACGGUCGCGCGGCUGGCCGUGCGCCACUACCUGGCCGGGCCGCCGCUGGGCCGCGCGCUGCCCGAGCCAAGGCCGCGCGCCCGGCUGACUGACGACGCCGGCGGCGCGUACGGCGUGCGCACCGGCGCGGCCCGGCCCGUGGGGCGCGCCGAGUUUGACGACACGCUGGAGUACUACGGCUUUAACGCACGCAAGGGCUCCACGUCGUCCAGCCUGAUGCUUGCCGACCUGCACUACCAGGGCCACCGCUACGCCGCGCGCAACUACACGGCGGCCGCCGCCUACGUGCGCGACAUCCUGCCGCGCCUGUGGCUGCCGCCGCCACGCCGCGCAGGCCGCCGCCAUGCACGGGCAGAUGCUGCUGCGCGGCGAGGACAGGCGGGGAAGCCGGAGCGGCCGGAGGAGGCCGCCGGCGCCAAAGCCUGGCUCGCCCGCGCCGCCGCGCUCAACCAGCCGGCCGCGCUCAACGCGCUGGGCUUUGUGCACCAGCACGGGCUGCUGCAGACGCCCGUAAGCGCCGAGCGCGCGCUGGGGCUGUUCAGGCAGGCGGCCGAGCGCGGCCACACCGGCGGCAUGGCCAACUACGCACUGGCCAUUGCGGCCGCGCAGCCCGACGCCGCGCUGCGGCUGCUGCGCAAGGCGGCCGAGGCCGGCCACGUGCUGGCGCACUUCCGGCUGGGCGAGAUGCACGCGGGCCACCCGGCCGAGGAGAACUGCCGCGUGGCGCUGGCGUCGUUCCGCUACGUGGCCGAGCACGCCGACUGGCUGCACACGGCCGACCCACAGGCGCACCAGGCCUUCCGGCGCGGCGACCUGCACGCGGCCACCGUCCACUACAUGCGCGGCGCCGAGAUGGGCUACGCGGUCGCGCAGCUCAACGCCGCGCUGCUGCUGGAGCACGCAGCGCGCACCGGCGGCGCCGCGCCGUUUGCAACCACGCACCUGGCUGACCGCGCGGCCGCCGUCUACUGGACGCGCGCAGCCAACCAGGACGUGCCCGAGGCGCGCGUGCGCCAGGCCGACCACCACUUCCACGGCCGCGGCGUGCCGCGCAGCAUGCACCGCGCCGCCGACGCCUACGCGCUGGCCGCCGCGGCGCCCGAGGCCAACGCGCUGGCCAUGUGGAGCCUUGCAUACAUGUAUGAGAACGGGCUCGGCCACUACUAUGACGCCAGCCUCGAGGCCAACGAGGCCGGCCGCCUGGCCAACUACGCCGCGCUGGUGCGCCUGUGCCUCAAGUACGUGGCCGCCUGGGCGCGCGGCGAGGACACGGGCGACGCGCCGCUGUUUUUCACGCCGCAGGACCAGAAGCGAGAGCAGACCAGAACCAGAAGCGAGAGCAGACCAGAACCAGAAGCGAGAGCAGACCAGAACCAGAAGCGAGAGCAGAACCAGAACCAGGACCAGAACCAGAACCAGAACCGGUGGGAUGUGCAGCCCGCUGCGCCUGCGCAUGGCGACGACCACCGCGACGAAGAGCCUGAGGACGGCCACGGCCACGGCCACGACGAGGAGUCGGGGUCGAUGGCUGACAACGUCUUUGUUGUUGUUCUGUUCUUGGCUGCCGCCUGGAUGUUCAUUCCGUUCCGCUGA